UGGUUGACUCUGAAGCACGGGUUGCACACCAAGGGUGACAAGAACAUCCCACAUUUGCUCUUGGUCACUUCAGUUGCUGAGGGCAUGGAGACCGCAGCUUGUUUGGUGUCUAGGCUUGCGAGAUAUGUGAAGGAACUGCAUGGGGACAGACGCGUGCAUAUCUUGGACCUGGACACCCUGGAUGCUAUUGCUGAUACUCAACAUUUGCAUGUUCCACUGUUUUUCCAUUUUUCUUUGGAAAGGGAUCAUUCGGUGGUCCUUUUGAAUGCUCAGAACCUGAAAGCUGCCGGGGCGACACAACUCAACCCAUUUUUAAGCCAGGGUGCCACUUAUAAGUACCCUGCCAUGGCCUUUUUUGUGGCUAAAUUGGACAGUAAUUUAUCCGAAAGCAGGUUGGGAAUGGAUGAAACCGUUGCGAAGGCGUUGUUAGGAAAAGCCUGGGUUGCCAAUGGCUGGGAAGAGGCCAGUGUUCGAGACAUGCUGAGCAGGACAAGAAGCACGACUGUGUUCGUCGUACCUGAGCACAAAAUGCCGUGUUCCUCUGGAACAUGGGCUAUGAUUACUGUAGUUUGUUUACGCCGGAAAGAAUUACCGGGACCAACAAAGCAAGAUGAAGAGAAGCGCCGAUUGCUUCAGUGUAAUGUUCUCGCGCUUGUGAUCAGCAUCGCGAUUGUCGAUUUUGUGUUCGGACACGACGAAGCCCACGAAAAAGCUAAGUAUCGCGCGGAAAUGAACAAAGGUGGGGUGGAGUACGAUGAAGGAGACCUGAUGGAUGACAUGCGGAUGUUCGGAGACGUCAAGUCCUUUUUGGAGUCUGACACUAUGAAGCAGCUCGCGAGCAAUCUUGGGAAAGGAGGGCUCUCACCCGAGUCACUGCUGUCUGUGGCUGGCAAUUUUCUAGGAGGCAACAACAAGCCAAGUGGGAAAGGCAAAGACCCGACUGCAUCUUUGUCGGACACGCUGGAUAUGUUGACCAAAGGUGCCGAGAUGCUGGGUCAAAUAUUUCCGCCGAAUCCCAACGACGAUGACGAUGAGGAGAAUGUGAUCAACGUAGAAGACGACGAUGAUUUGCAGGAAUCCGUGGGCACUAAAAGAUCCGGCGCUGGUGCGAAACGUGGUCGGUCUGAUGAUGACCCCUUGCAGGCCAUUCUAGGUCAAGUUCUUCAGUCGGGGCCAUUGCAGAACACGUUGAUGAACGUUGUUGGGGGAUUGCUGAAUCAGGGUGCUUCAGAAAGUGGAUCUAAUAAGCAAGGUGGCGGAAAGAAACCAGCUGGAGAUGAUCCUUUGGCCAUGGCGGCGUCAUUGCUGUCUGCUCUCGGCGGCGGCCAGAAUGCCGGUGGUGGCCUCGGCGGUCUCGGCGCCAUCAUGGGCCUCGUGAGCACGCUGACAGCGGAUUCCUCUGGUCGUCAGAAACGGGGUGAUGACGCGAAGGCGACCAGAAAACCCGGUAGUGCCAUAAACGACGACGUGCUGGACAUGGCGAAGCAGCUGGGCUCUGUGUUUGCGUCCAAUUUCAUGCAGGGCCUCUCCGGAGGCCGUAAUAAACGGGAUAAUGGGGCGUCUGGUGAUGCGGCGGGUGGGGAUUCCCUGGGGAUGCUGGCAGCACUGCUGCCGGCGCUGAUGGGCGACCGUGAUGGGCAAGCUUCAACGCUGAUGAACCUCGUGCAGGACUUCUCCAGGUCGGACUACUGGAAGACGGGCAAGGAGAUGUUCAGCAAAGUCGACUCUCACCAACUCGAGGCCUUCUCAAAAAUGGUCAGCCAGGUGAUGGGCAGAGAAAAGGCGUCGGGAUCAAAGAGUGCGGACAACCCUUUUGAUGGUGUUGUUGAUGUUCUGCUCUCCGCUGCGAUGGAGCAUUUCGGCAAUAGCGAAGGCAAACCUCUACCGGCAGCUGACAAAAAACAAGCUGCAGAAAGCAGCAGCAGUCCGUCAUCUUCGAGAAGAUCAGAAGCAGCAGCCGAUGCCGACGAAUCAGUACCCACAGUGGGGAAAAUAGUACCGGAACGAAAAAUCAACGGUACGAAACCAACGAGACAAGUCGAUCAAGAAGAUCUGUUUGAUGCCCUGAAGAAGAACGGCAUUGACAUCGACGGAGUAAAAGAAAACCUGGGUUCAGUCUUCGACACGAAACCCGAACAGGGGCAAAAGAGCUACCUGAGUUCCAAAUCCGCGGAAAAUUUGAAAAAAUCGUCACAGACACAAGACCUUAUCUCGGAAGCAUUGCUAGAAUGGGCUGAAUCCGCCAAUUCGGAAAAUCAAAAGGAAGCUCGACGAGUUGUGGUGAACGUCAUCAAGAAGGCCUUGUUUAACUUCGCUUCGUACGGAAAGUCCAUGGACUCGAGUAAAUUUAUGCAAGAUCUCGCCACUGCCAACUUUGCCAUCAAGCCGAAGAUCGCCGACUUGAUCAAGAAGUACAAGAUUGAUUCCGAUUUCGAGGGCAUGUUGACAUUUGCAACAGCUCUGCUGGUCAAGACCGAGUCCAUGGACUCAGCUCUGGGUGACGUGAAAAAAGUCGUGUAUGUUCUCGGCCACGAACGAAUGGAAAAAUCAAACGCCUACAGUUUCCUUUGCGAUAUUCUCAAAAUAGUCAACAAUGCUGCUUCCAAGGGCUUUUUCGAGACCAUUACCGAACUUCGCAAAUUUGUUGAGACUACUCAGCACGCCGAUUUCCGAGCUUUUGCUCGUUUUUGCGGAAAAGUACUGGACGGGCAGUUGGUGAAUUUGCGAGAAAAUGAUCUGCUGAAACUGUUCCCGCCUGUGGAAGGUGCUUUGAAAGGGUUCAGCAAUUUGGAAGGAAUGCUUGGAGAGUUGGACUACCAGGUCAUGGCUGAAGUGCUCUCUCAAUUUUUCGCUGACCAGGACAUAAUAUCUGCCUGCGAGAAGCUGCUGAUCCCGUCGAACGCAGAGAAGGUUGGCACGUUAGUUGGCAACCUGGUUAUCGGCAAGGACAUCCAGACGUUGCUCCCUCAAGCCAUGGGGUUGUUCAGCUCAGUCGCACCUUCAGAGAAGGCAACUGCCAAAAUCCUGAGUACCUACGAGGAACUGCACAAGUUAUUCGCAGCUGCCAAAAUUCAAGCAGAUCGAAAAGACCGAGUCGGCGGACCGAAAACGGCAACGGAGGACAAACGGGAGUUUCCGACUGCUGCAAGUGACGCUGUCAGGGUGAAUCUGACCAAUGUGACGAAUGAUGAGAUUUCCACCGCUUUGCACAUGUUCGCUACCGAGGGUUUCUCCUUGUUGGACAAGCAGAUGAAGGACCAAUUCACGCUAUUCUUCUCGGAUUUCCUUACGAAACUCGGACUGAAGCUCGGAAAAGCGGAUGACCCAGAUUUGUAUGCUAGAGUUGCAGAAGCAUCGAAGAAGAUAACUUCGGAAGUUAUGGAUAAAGUUGCGGUUCCGUCCACGAUGCUGGACAUGAUCCUAAGACCGCACGAAUACGCAGAUCCGAUGAAACUCGCGGAACUCACUGACAAAGUCUUCAAGUCACCCGAGAUCUCAAGACUAUUAUCUUUGGUGGACGACUUCGUGUCGCUCAAUUCCGACAUCGAGUCCCCCGCGGACCUGGUAUCAGCAGUGAUCGAAUCCGUCAUGGAAUCCGAAGUAUUUGGGGCAUUUGCGUCUCUAGUCGGGAUUGGCGAUGACUCGAAAGACGACGACUCAGUACGAACCCAAUUGAGGGGUUACCUGGCUGAGCCGCUCAUGAGUCUCGUCGGCAUUUACGUGCACGCAUCCGAAGAACCCAACUGUGCCCAGCGCUGGCUCUGUGACUUUGCAGGCUCUGUGCACCUCCAGCUUGUCAAGGACUCAACCUCUUUUUGGCUCAGCAACGCUUAUAGAGCCGGCAGAUGCUGA